GAGGGUGGAAAAACCCUGAUCUUAUAAAGGGAACAAGUUCUUGUAUUACACCAGCACAAGUAAGGAGUAGAAAAUGGAGCUGUUUGUAAUAAGUCACUUGCUGUCUUGUUACUUCUUACGAGUCUGGGCAGUAGACAGAGCAUACUACAUUGGGAUUACAGAAACUGAUUGGAAUUAUGCCCCUGGGACAAAGAACAUCAUAUCUGGGAAGCCCUUUUCAGAAGAUGAGCAAGCUGCUGUCUUUCUCCAACAAGGCCCAAACCGGAUAGGAAGCACAUAUAAAAAAGCUGUGUACACACAGUUCACGGAUAACUCAUACAGCACUGUUGUUGAAAAACCUUCUUGGUUGGGCUUCCUAGGCCCCAUUCUCAAAGCAGAAGUUGGAGACUCCAUCACUAUCCACUUAAAAAAUUUUGCUACAAGACCGUACACACUCCAUCCCCAUGGUGUCAAAUAUUCAAAAGAAAAUGAAGGUGCACUUUAUCCUGACAGAACCUCAGGUUUGCAAAAGAAAGAUGAUGCUGUGAACCCAGGAGACCAGUAUGUUUAUAGGUGGGAAGUAACUGAAGAUCACGGUCCAGCAGAGGGUGAUAAUAAUUGUGUGACAAGGAUUUAUCACUCACAUAUAGAUGCCCCAAAGGAUGUUGCUUCUGGGCUUGUCGGACCUUUGAUCACUUGCAAGAAAGGUACACUGCAGGAUGGAAAAGAUAAAAAUGUUGACCGAGAAUUCAUCCUAAUGUUCUCUGUGAUGGAUGAAAACUUCAGCUGGUACUUAGAUGAGAAUAUCAAGAAAUACUGCUCUGAACCUGACAAAGUUGACAAAGAGAAUGAGGAGUUUCAAGAGAGCAAUAAAAUGCAUGCAAUCAAUGGAUAUAUGUAUGGAUAUCUUCCCAAUCCUACAAUGUGUGCGGAGGAGAAUGUGAAAUGGCAUCUUUUUGGUAUUGGUAAUGAAGCUGACAUCCAUUCAGCUUAUUUUCAUGGGCAAGUCUUGAUCGAAAGGAAGCAUCGAGUUGACACAAUCAGUCUCUUCCCGGCUACCUUUGUGGAUGCUGUCAUGGUGCCAAAGAAGGAUGGACAAUGGCUACUUAGCUGUCAAGUCAAUGAUCACAUAGAAGGUGGCAUGCAGGCCAUUUUUGAGGUGAAAAACUGUAAAAGUCAUAUUCCCUCUCCCAAGGAGAGUGCAAAUGUAAGGCACUAUUACAUUGCAGCAGAGGAACAUGUGUGGAACUAUGCCCCAUCUGGAAUAAAUAACUUCACAGGAGAAACAUUAAUUCAUGAUGAGGACUCCAAGACAUUUUUUGAAAAAGGUGAACAAAGGAUUGGUGGAUCCUACAGAAAAGCUCUUUUUUAUGAAUAUUCCAGUGACGAGUUUUUACAGCGCAUGAAAAGGCUCUCUGGUGAAGAACAUCUUGGGCUUUUAGGACCUGUCAUCAGAGCAGAAGUUGGUGAGACCAUCCAGGUGACAUUCCUAAACAGGGCAAAGCACCCGUUCAGCAUUCAACCACAUGGGUUGAGCUAUAGCAAGGGCAACGAGGGUUCCUUAUACAACACCAUCUCUGGAGGAACUACCGGCCCAUCCUCGCAUGUGAAUCCUGGAGAAAGAUUCACUUAUGAGUGGGAGGUGCCAGAAAGUGUGGGUCCUACUCCAGAAGAUCCAGAUUGCCUAACUUGGAUUUAUUAUUCAGCAUCAGAUCCAAUUAAGGACACCAGCGCUGGCCUGGUGGGCCCACUCUUGGUGUGCAGGGAAGGAUCAUUGCUUCCAUCAGGGAAACAGAAAAAUGUAGACAAGGAAUUCUUCCUCCUUGCCACAGUAUUUGAUGAGAAUCUGAGCUGUUAUUUGGAUGAUAACAUUGAGCUAUUUGUAGGAAACCCUGAAAAAGUUGAUAAGGAGAAUGAAGAUUUCCAGGAAUCCAACAAGAUGCAUUCCAUAAAUGGAUACAUGUAUGGAAACCAGAAAGGUCUUGAGAUGUGUAGUGGAGACACCGUUUCUUGGCAUUUGAUUGGCUUGGGAUCAGAGGUUGACAUUCAUGGAAUACAUUUUUCAGGAAAUACUUUUUUGACUAAAGGAUCAAGGAAGGAUACAGUUAAUCUCUUUCCACAUAUCUCUGUCACAGCUGUUAUGAAGCCUGACUCAGAAGGGAUCUUUGAAGUGGCCUGCCUGACUACAGAUCACUACACAGGGGGUAUGAAACAGUACUAUGAAGUGAGGAAGUGUGAUUCAUCUCCAGAGGACAGUGAGCUGUAUACCCAUGAAAAGACCUAUUACAUUGCAGCAGUAGAAAUAGAAUGGGACUAUUCCCCCAACAGGACUUGGGAGCAGGAGAGGCAUCACUUCCAUGAUGAAAGCCCAGGGAAUCCAUUCUUAAAUAAAGAUGACAAGUUCAUUGGGUCAAAAUACAAGAAAGUUGUUUAUCGAGAAUAUACUGACAAAACGUUCAGGACCUCCAAAGAAAGGAAGCAAGAAGAAGAGCACCUGGGAAUCCUAGGUUCACUACUUGUUGCAAAAGUUGGGGAUAAAAUCAGAAUUGUGUUUAAAAACAUGGCCUCCAGACCUUAUUCUAUCCAUGCACAAGGAGUGAAAACUGACUCUGCAACUGCCAUAGAAACCAGCCCAGGUGCAGUAACAGAGUAUGUCUGGAAAAUACCAAAGCGGUCUGGUCCUCAGGAAGGGGAUUCCAGCUGUAUUCCUUGGGCAUAUUACUCAACUGUGGAUACAGUUAAGGAUAUCUACAGUGGAUUAAUAGGGACAUUGCUAGUCUGUCGCAGGCAACUACUUCCAAAAAAUGUGGAAUUUGCUCUUCUUUUUAUGGUGUUUGAUGAAAAUGAGUCCUAUUACUUGGAUGAAAAUAUCAAGACUUACUCUGCCAAUCCAGAAGGCGUGAACAAAGAAGAUGAGGAGUUUAUUGAAAGCAAUAAAAUGCAUGCCAUUAAUGGAAGGUUGUUUGGAAACUUGCAUGGUCUUACAAUGCACGUUGGAGAUAAAGUCAGCUGGUACUUGAUGGGAAUGGGGAACGAAGUAGAUAUGCACACGGCACAUUUCCACGGCCACAGCUUUGAUUAUAAGAAUACCAGAACCUACCGGGCAGAUGUCUUUGAUCUGUUUCCUGGGACAUUUCAAACUGUUGAAAUGUUGCCAAAGUAUCCUGGCACUUGGUUAUUGCACUGUCAUGUGACUGACCAUAUCCAUGCUGGCAUGGAGACCAUCUACACAGUGUUCCCAGAACAAAGAAAUAAAUCCAACAAGAAGGAUCCCACACUCCACCUCUACUCCAUGCUUCUGUUGUUUUCUGUAGUGUUUCUAUGACUCCACCAAGUGCUAUUACUGCUUCCACCUCCAGUUCUUGUUAGAGUUGCUACCUUUUAUUUUUCUAGCCUGGCACUUUUAACAUCAUCUGAGGAGAAAAAAAGUGAGCUGGUAAAACCUUUCCUGGUAUGCCGCGGAAAAUUUUUCCACUGCUUUUCUCCACACCAGGAAAAGAUUCACCUGCUGAUCUUCUAGGGUGCUAGUCUUUAUAUACAGACACUAUUAAUAAAUGAAUAAAAAAAUGGUAGGGGUCAAGCAACAUUUAACCAAAACCCUAGAUAAAACACAGCCAAUCCACUCAGAUUAUUUCUGUUCUUCCUGCUAUGAAUAGAUUAUGGUGUCAGCUUUAGGGAAAAGCAUAAAAGCCAAACUACAUUUCCUCUGUCUUUUAAAGUUCCGUUUCUAUUGAUAUGUACAUCCCACUCCUAUUAGACAGUGUGCAUUUUUUCCAAGAAAAGUGCAGUUAUAAUUGCAGCUGGUUUAAAGUGGUUUGCAUCUGUGCAAAAGUAUGGCCUAGUUUAACAGCCCCAUUAUUGUAAUGUUAUAUUGAUACACAUUUUUUUCUGUUGUGUUAUGAGGUGCUUUGGGUGCAUUUGUAUGAAAAAGCAGCAUACAAAUCAAAUAAAUAAUAAUUAUUAUAAUGGCUCUCACAGCACACUGCGGGUAGCAUUGAAUCUGAGGGAGCUCUGUUUUACAUUAGGGUUAAAGUGUGCAUUUCUAGGGCUGUUGAAUACUGAAGCAAGGUGGGCAGAAGAGGUUUUUCCUAUACAACUAUAGCAGAUGUAUGGAACCUUUGAACCCUCCAUAUGUUGCUGAAUUACAGCCUUCAUUAGCCUCGGCAAGCAUGGCCAAUGGCCAGGGAUGAUGAGAGUUGUAAUUCAACAACAUAUGAAGGGCCAAAGGUUCCGUAUAGCUGACCUAUAACAUUUUUGCUCUACACACCUAAGAAAGAACAAGUGGGUUAGUUAGAAAGAACUAUAUAGUUAUCAGAUAUUGGAGGAAGGCUGUUUUAUAGCAGUUGAGGAACACUUGUGGAUAUGUAUGCAAUUGACCUUCCCAAAUGGUAAAGUCAUGAGAUUUGUCUAAGCUAAGGGUGGCACAAUUUCUUUUACACAUCCACACUCCCUCUCCUACUUUGCCAGCUUCAGCUUGUGUGCUAUCUAUAGCUAUUCCUGCAUAGGAAUAGUCUUGCCCCAGUGACCCAAUGGUGGUAACCUCAAGCUUGGACUACUGCAAUAUACCCUCUGUGGGGCUGCCCUUAAGGUUGGGUCAGAAGCUGAAGCUAGUGGAGAAUCCAGUGGCUGCCUACGGCACGCACAUUAAAGCUAUGUUCAAAAGAACUGCAUUGACUACCAAUAUAAUACUGAACCAAAUUUAAGGUUCUUAUUUUGACCUAAAGUUGUAAACAAUUUGGGAUCUGGAUACCUUAAGGAAUGCAUUUUACAAUGCAGGGCUGCCUGUAUGUUGUUCUUUGAAUGAGGCCCACCUGGGUGUGCCACAACUUGCUGAGAUUUAUCUUGCGACAACCAGGGGGAAGGUAUUUUGUGUUGUGGAACCAUUUGUGUAAUCAUCCCCACUUCAAAAUAAAACAAGCAUAAACUUUUAAAAUUUGAUACAUGCUAAAGAACUUUUUAUUCACUUAUGC